UCCAGCGCGUGUUCGGAUCAAUAAAGACAAGGCCUGUCGCUCAAAAUCACCCGCUCAGUUGCUUUACAAACACGGCCGGGAUAAGAUCAGAUCAUCAUGAGAUUCGGUCCAGAUGUUGCAUCUUCUCUGGCGUUGCUAUCACUCUACACAGUAUUAAUCAAUCAAGCCAGUGGAUUGUUCGACGAUAGCUUCAAAGGCAGGCGAUUCAUAUGCCAUUACACAACAUGGUCCCGAACACGGCAGAACGAGGGAGCUUACACGAUCGAAGACAUUCCCGGAAAUCUAUGUUCCCACGUAGUGUAUAACUUUGUAGCCAUUCACGAAAAAACCUACGAAAUUACUGCGAUGCAACCUGAAUUCGAUAUCGAAGAAAAUGGCUUCCGGAGAUUCACGACAUUGAAAGAUAAAUUCCCGAACUUGAAACUGCUGGCUGCCAUCGGCGGUUGGGGCCAUGGUGGUGAAAAAUUUAGCAAGAUGACCGAAACACGCGAUCGUAGAAAGCGGUUUGUGGCAAGUGUGGUGAAAUUUUUGCAUAAAUACGGUUUUGAUGGACUGGAAGUGGUUUGGUUGUACCCGGGCAACUUUGAACGCGGUGGGAAUGUUACAGACAAAGAUAACUUUUACUACUUGAUUCGAGAACUGCAGAAAACAUUCGCGGACACUGGACGGGAUUGGGAAGUGAGCGUGCAAGUACCGGCAGAUAAGUCACGGCUCGACGUCGGCUAUCAGAUCGAUGCACUGUGUGAGGCGGCCGACUUCAUACAUGUUAUCGGUUAUGACUUACGCGGGUGGUGGAACAAUUUUGCUGAUGUUCAUAGCCCCAUGGCAGAUCGUCCACACGACGAAGGUAACUUUGUAGGGCUAAAUGUGGAACAUGGAGUCAAUUUGUGGCUACAAGGAGGCUGCCUUCCAAGCAAAGUGGUACUUGGAGUCCCGUUAUUUGGGCGAACAUAUCUCCUGGACACACCGGAGGGAAACAGCAUAGGAUCACCAACUAUAGGCGCCGGAUCUGCUGGCGAGUACACCAAUGAGCCAGGAUACCUUGGAUAUUGUGAAAUCUGUGCCAUCCUGCCGAACAUGACAACGCGGUGGGACGAGAAAGCGCAAUGCCCAUAUGCUUUCAACACUAUCGAGUGGAUUGGCUACGAGGACGAACGAUCACUCAGAGCGAAAAUUGAAUGGGUGGUGCAGAAACGUUUAGCUGGAAUCUAUGCAUUCUCUCUAGACUUGGACGAUUACCGCGGCCAUUGCGGAGAACCAUAUUCCUUGACGAGAGUUAUACAUAAGUACUACGAAGAAACUAAAAAACAAUCCCUAGUAACGUGGCCCUGACGGGAUAAGGUGUGAUAAAAAUGUGAUUCUAAUUAUACAUUCAUGUGCCGUGCGAUGCGACAUCACAAGCGUGUCGAAAACUAUAUAAUUACAUACGUACUAAAAUUAACCUAAGCCAACUGCUAACAAAUGAGGUGAAAAUAAUAACCAAAAAUAAUGCUCAGAAGAUUUAAA